AGGUACUGAGGGCAUAAAAACGUGCGGGGCGGACGGUUUGGUCGCUAGUUUCACGUACAGAAGUACAAAAUGCAGAAGUUUAUGUGUUCCACGCUGCUGGUGUUGUGUGUUUUGACGGCGGGGACGGCAGGGUUCGAGCUGGCGGACAUGAUCUCCCGGCUGCAGCGGCAGAACGCCGAGCUGACCGAGACGGUGGCGAACCUCACCGCGGCGCUGGAGGCGGCAGGCCCCGACAGAGUACAGGAACUGGAGACAGAGAACUCAGUGUUGCAGGCAGAGAAGACCAGACUACAGAGGGAGAUAUCAGGCCUGCAGGAGAGGAUAGAGGAUAUAGAGCUCAUGUACCAGACACUACAGCGGAGGGCUGCAGGUUCAGCAGCUGGUACAGUCCAUGUUGCCAUGACAACACGGAUCCUGUAUGCUAGCCUAUCAGCUGUUGUGCUGCUCACAAGGCUCAGCAGUUUGAGGUAACCAUGGUAACCAGGGGACAGUAUGACUAGACAAUCAGAACUGAAGUGUGACUGUGAGACUACUGGGAACUGAAGAGUGAGACCACUGGGAACUGAAGUGUGAGAUCUAGACCAUGGGAAAAUGAAGAGUGAGACCGUCAGGAACUGAAGUGUGAUACCACUGGGAACUGAAGAGUGCGAGUGCCACCACUGACCAACUAAAGACAGACCAGGGAAUGGAAGAGUGAGACCACUGGGAACUUGAAGUGUGCCAGGAACUGAAGUAUAAGACCACCAGGAACUGAACUUCAGAUUUAGUGUGAGACUGCCGGGAACAGGGGCUGACAAAUAUUUAUAUCAUAAUGAAUGGAAAACUAUGCUUAAGUUUCCAACCUCACCUGUGCUUCAUAUGUCUGUGAGAUCAAAUUAUUGCUCAGCAUAGAGUGUACUCUAUGUAACUUCUCAGUACAAGCCUUAUUCUCAUUAUUUACCUCUGUGGCAGUGGUUUUAAGUGCUUUUAUAAGAUGUUUUAUACAGAAGCACAAUGUCUUCCACUUGUGCUAUUACUAAAUCUGUCCUAUAGUACUAUUUUAUAAGUCUAAGCUGUGCCUAGAUUUGCCAACUGUGCUUGUAAAUAUGUAAUUUUAUGUCACUCAGAUGGUCCUUUUUCAACCCAUCACUCAGUUGUGUUAGACAAGGUAGCAGUGUUCUUUUUGUUUCCAAUAGCGACACGUGAAAGUUGCUAGUUUCAGUAACGUUAAUGACCAAAUGUUUAUAUCUAUCAACUCCAUGAUGAAAGAUCCAAAACAAGGUACACAUGUACUGUCACGCAAAAGUCAAUUUAAAUCAAUAGUAGAUGUAAAUAAUCUAAAAGAAUCAAUCUAUAUAGCAAUGAAUGUAU